AUGCCUUCUAUCGAGUCAACCCCUAGGACUUUAUAUGACAAGGUCUUCCAAGACCAUAUCGUCAACGAAGAGCGAGAUGGCACCGUUCUCCUCUACAUCGACAGACACCUUGUCCACGAGGUCACCUCCCCACAAGCAUUUGAAGGCCUGAAGAACGCCAAGCGGAAAGUCCGCCGGCCAGACUGUACGCUUGCUACCACCGACCAUAAUGUCCCCACGACAUCACGCAAGAAUUUCAAGAAUGUGGCAGACUUUGUCAAGGAAGAGGACAGCAGAUUACAAUGCACCACCCUCGAAGACAAUGUUAAAGAGUUCGGCCUCACGUAUUUCGGCCUGGGAGACAAGAACCAAGGCAUCGUGCACAUCAUCGGUCCCGAACAGGGCUUCACUUUGCCGGGCACAACAGUCGUGUGCGGUGACAGCCACACCUCUACUCAUGGCGCGUUCGGCGCCCUAGCCUUUGGCAUCGGCACUAGCGAAGUCGAACAUGUCUUGGCCACGCAAUGUUUGAUCACAAAGAAGAGCAAGAACAUGCGGAUACAGGUCGACGGCCAGUUGGCACCCGGGGUCAGCAGCAAAGAUAUAAUUCUGCAUGUCAUCGGUGUCAUCGGCACCGCCGGCGGUACAGGCGCCGUCAUUGAAUUCUGCGGUUCUGCAAUCCGAAGUCUCAGCAUGGAAGCUCGCAUGUCCAUCUGCAACAUGUCUAUCGAAGGUGGAGCCAGGGCCGGCAUGAUCGCCCCAGAUCAAACUACCUUCGAGUAUCUCAAGGGCCGCCCCCUGGCUCCAAAGGUCGACAGCAAUGAGUGGAAGAAGGCGACCAAUUACUGGGCCGGUUUAAGAUCAGACGAAGGUGCCAAAUACGACAUCGAGGUCUUCAUUGACGCAAAGGAUAUCGCCCCAACAGUCUCGUGGGGAACAUCACCACAGGAUGUCGUACCCAUUACUGGUGUUGUCCCCAGCCCCGACGACUUUGAGGACCCCAACAAGAAAGCCAGCUGCAAACGGGCCCUUGAAUAUAUGGGACUCACCCCAGGCACCAAGAUGGAAGACAUCGAGGUGGACAAGGUCUUCAUCGGCUCAUGCACAAAUUCCCGCAUUGAGGAUAUUCGUGCCGCCGCCAAGAUCGUCAAGGGUAAGAAAGUCGCUCCCAAUAUCAAGCGAGCCAUGGUCGUGCCAGGUUCUGGUAACAUCAAGGCUCAAGCUGAGAGCGAAGGCCUGGAUAAGAUCUUCCUAGAUGCAGGCUUCGAAUGGCGGGAGGCUGGCUGUUCAAUGUGCCUGGGCAUGAACCCUGAUAUCCUGUCACCCAGAGAACGCUGUGCGAGCACCUCAAAUCGCAACUUUGAAGGCCGACAAGGCGCUCUUGGCCGCACGCAUCUCGUGUCUCCUGUCAUGGCGGCGGCGGCGGCGAUUGUGGGUAGAUUGGCUGAUGUGCGCAAACACAGCGACAAUCCUUCUCCUGCCAAAGCAGACCCUAAACUUGACGUAAGGCCUGAAUUUGCGGAGCUCGACUCUGAAGAAGAGCUUGACCGUAUCCUCGAUAUCCCCACAGACGCAACCAGCACGGCUACAAAUCACCUUGAGGGCAUGGGUGAAUCAGGAGGUCUGCCCAAAUUCACCGUGCUGAAAGGUAUUGCAGCCCCACUCGAUAAAGCCAACGUGGACACGGACGCCAUCAUCCCGAAGCAAUUCCUCAAGACCAUCAAACGCACCGGCCUAGGCUCUGCGCUCUUCCAUCCCUUACGCUACAACGAGGACGGUAGCGAGAACUCGUCUUUCAUCCUAAAUCAAGACCCCUACCGUCAGGCAAAGAUCCUCGUCGUCACCGGUCCCAACUUUGGGUGCGGCUCUUCGCGAGAACACGCCCCUUGGGCGCUUCUGGACUUUGGGAUCAAGUGCGUCAUCGCCCCCAGCUACGCAGACAUCUUCUUCAACAACACAUUCAAGAACGGCAUGUUGCCACUCAUCAUGCCGGACCAGGAGAAACUCAACAAGAUCGCCGACGAAGCCCGAGCGGGCCAUGAGAUCGAGGUGGAUCUGCCCAACCAGGUCAUCCGCGACGAUAAGGGCAACGAACUGGCGAGAUUCGAGGUGGAGGAGUUCCGCAAGCACUGUCUUGUCGAGGGCCUCGACGAUAUCGGGUUGACCAUGCAGAUGGAGGACAAGAUUGCACAGUUUGAAGCCAAGAGGACCUUGGACACGCCCUGGUUGGACGGCAGCGGCUAUCUCAAGAAAUGGCGCAUGGGCCCCGUCAAGAUCGAGGCGGCGCCGGUGCCCAAGACGAAUAGGGGCGAGGUCAAGUCCGACCCUGUCGAAUGGUAG